AAAAGAUAAUUGCUCCCUUUUUUUACCUGUCAGUAUCAAAGAAAAUGGUGGGAAAAAGAAUUACGACGACGAAAAGCGAGAACAAAAAUCUGGACACUGUUUAACCCAUCUAUAAAAACGCCUCAGAUCCCUUUUCUUUUAAAAUCUUCUGACAACAUUUAGCCAUUAAUUAUCUCCUUCUACAUCAGAUUAUUUUUUCUCCGUAAGUUCUAUUUUCAUGUAAUUUCUUUGCCAUUUGUUCCAAGUAUCAAAAUUUAUAAAUCAUAUGCUUGAAUCAUAUCUUAUAUUACCACAUUUCUGAAUAUUAUAGUUUAUAUAAGCUUUUGCUAUGAUUCCAAAUAAUGGUUUUUUGUUUGGCAAGAUGAAACCUUGUUGUAGAAUCCUAUCAACAUGUAGAAAUUUAACUAGUUUUGUUCCUCAACCCCAAAUUUGCCCACAUUUAACAAGUGGGAAUUUGUCAAAUUUCGGUUAUGAUUUCGUUAAUAAUCACAAAAUUCAUAGUUUCCCAUUUCAAUUGCCGGGUUUCCCAUGUGUAAUUCAUCAUACCCAGAAAAAUUCCUGCUUAAAUCAAGCAAGUGUUGGGCAAUUUAGGCUUUGUUCUAGGGUUGGGUUAGGUAGAAAUGGGUUAUUGGUUGGAUGUGCUGCUUAUGAUGUGAGGAAUUGUUCCACAAAAGUUGAUUCCAAGGUUAAUGAUAAGAACUUUGAGAGUGUUUAUAUUAAGGGUGGGGUGAAUGUUGAACCUUUGGUGGUUGAGAAAACAGAUGAGGAUGAAGGACAUUUAAGGGGGAAACAAGGAGAAGUUGGUGGGGAUGUAGAGGGUGAGAAGGGGGAUUUGAAGGUUGAAGGCCGAAAGCGAGAGGAGUCGGAGAUUGAGAAAGAGGCGUGGAGAUUGCUGAGGAAUGCUGUUGUUACUUAUUGCAAUAGCCCCUGUGGGACGGUGGCUGCAAAUGAUCCUAAUGACAAGACACCGUUGAAUUAUGAUCAGGUGUUUCUUCGCGAUUUCAUCCCCUCAGCACUCGCUUUCUUGAUGAAAGGAGAAGGGGAGAUUGUCAAGAACUUCCUUCUCCAUACUUUGCAGCUACAGAGUUGGGAAAAAACAGUGGACUGCUACAGCCCAGGACAAGGAUUAAUGCCUGCAAGUUUCAAAGUUAAGACUCUGCCUCUUGAUGGAGAUAAUGGGAAAUUUGAAGAGGUUUUAGAUCCUGAUUUCGGUGAAUCUGCUAUUGGCCGUGUUGCACCAGUUGAUUCUGGGUUAUGGUGGAUUAUAUUAUUAAGGGCUUAUGGGAAGCUCACUGGGGAUUUUACACUGCAAGAGAGGGUGGAUGUCCAGACUGGGAUUAGAUUGGUCUUGAAUUUGUGUUUAAGCGAUGGGUUUGAUAUGUUUCCCACUCUUCUGGUCACUGAUGGAUCUUGCAUGAUAGAUCGACGGAUGGGUAUCCAUGGGCAUCCCCUUGAGAUUCAAGCUUUAUUUUACUCGGCUCUGCGCUGUUCCCGUGAGAUGCUAGCUGAAGAUGAAGGCUCUAAGAAUCUCAUCAGGGCCAUUAAUAAUAGACUGAGUGCACUGUCUUUUCAUAUCCGAGAAUAUUAUUGGGUAGACGUGAAAAAGAUCAAUGAAAUCUACCGGUACAAAACAGAAGAGUAUUCCACAGACGCUACCAACAAAUUCAACAUAUAUCCUGAACAAAUCCCUCAUUGGUUGAUGGAUUGGAUUCCUAGUGAAGGUGGAUAUAUGCUUGGUAACCUUCAGCCAGCUCACAUGGAUUUUCGUUUCUUUACACUUGGAAAUCUUUGGAGUAUUAUUUCUUCCUUGGGUACUCCAAAGCAAAAUCAGGCAGUUUUGAAUCUGAUUGAAGUCAAAUGGGAUGAUCUUAUUGGCCAUAUGCCUUUGAAGAUUUGCUAUCCUGCUGUCGAGAAUGAAGAAUGGCGUAUAAUUACUGGCAGUGACCCUAAGAACACUCCUUGGUCAUAUCACAAUGGUGGAUCUUGGCCAACGCUUCUAUGGCAGUUCACAUUGGCAUGUAUUAAAAUGGGUCGGACUGAUCUAGCAGAGAAGGCGGUUGAGAUGGCAGAGAAACAGCUUCGUGCAGAUAGGUGGCCUGAAUAUUAUGAUACCCGCUAUGGCAAGUUUGUGGGGAAGCAAGCACGGCUUUACCAAACUUGGACAAUUGCUGGGUUCCUUACUUCCAAAAUGCUGCUUCAAGAUCCGCAUAUGGCAUCCUUGUUGUACUGGGAUGAAGAUUAUGAUCUUCUGGAGAUUUGUGUUUGUGCACUGACCAAAAGCAGCCGCACGAAGUGCUCUCGUGGGGUUGCAAAGUCCCAUAUUCUUAUUUAGGAUUCCUUUGAGGCAGAUGCCUUUAAAAACAGAGCUUGUACAGUAUAUAAAUUUUAGCUAGAAUGAGGGUUUUUUUUUGUCCCUUGCUGCAAAUUGUUAAUUAGUUGCUUCUCCAACUAAUUAUUUAGUUGGUAAGAGAAGUUUGCACUAUUAGCAACUUAGAGAUUUUAGGAAGCUCUGGCAAUCUGUUUGUAUAUACUGUAACAGAUGUUUACUGAUCAUUUAGAAUGAACUACAGCGAUACGUAGGACGACCUUUGAUGUCCUUAAGGUAUACCAUUCCUUUCAGUUCA